AUUUCAAACUUUUCCUUUAACUCUUCAGUCCUUCCUGUUUCUACACAGCGGGGUGCUGCAGCGGGAUUAUGAAUGGGAAUUCUGUGGGAAAAGGCAGGGAUUGACUUGUAGUCAGUGUAACUGUAGUAGCAGCAACGCACGGGAUCCGAUUAGAGCUCGUACCUGCAGCUCUGACCUUCAGCUGAAUCGGACAGGAUUCGCGUUGAAUGGGUCGUAAGUGCUCUCAUCUAAACCUGUCUGGAUGGGAUGCACCGUGAGCUUCAUUUGUUGUGAAGAGGAUUUUCUGCAGAUGCCUUUGGAUCAACAUGUGGAGAAAAAGAAAGCGGAAAACAGGCUCUUGUCUACGCCCGAGGAGUUUGAAGCUGUCCAUUCUCACACCUUUCGCCUGAAGACCUUCAAGAAGGGGAAACACUGUGGCGUGUGCAAACAGACUGUAAACAAUGAGGGACUCAUCUGCAGAGUUUGCCGGUUAGCCUGCCACAGAAAGUGUGAGGUUAAGGUUUCAAGCCCGUGUGUUCCUGUUGCCAACUAUGAACUGGCUCCCAGCAAUGACCUGCCUCUGAAGCAUGUAGAGACAACCGGCUCAACGAAAUCCACCAAAAGCAUGGAGUCUCGACGCAGACCAUCCAGGAGUUUGAGUUUAAUCCAGGCCAUGGAUGAAAACUAUGAAGUGGAUCUGGUCUACAUCACAGAACGCAUCAUAUCUGUGACCUUCCCAAGUUCGGCAGAGGAACAGAGCUACAGCGCUAACAUAAAGGAGGUGGCCAGCAUGUUACGCUCCAAACAUGGAGACAACUACUUGCUCUUCAACCUCAGCGAGAAGCGAUAUGAUAUCUCCAAACUCAACCCUAAAGUGCUGGAUUUUGGCUGGCCGGACCAUCACGCUCCAGCCCUGGAUAAGAUCUGCAGCAUCUGCAAAGCUAUGGACACAUGGAUGAACGCAGACAGUCACAAUGUGGUGGUCUUACACAAUAAGGGAAACCGAGGUCGAACCGGGGUGGUUGUAGCCGCUUACAUGCAUUACAGCAACAUAUCAGCGAGUGCAGAUCAAGCCCUGGACAGGUUUGCCAUGAAGAGGUUUUAUGAAGAUAAAGUGCUUCCUGUAGGUCAACCCUCCCAGAGAAGGUAUGUGCAGUAUUUCAGCGGUCUGCUCUCUGGCCACAUCAAAAUCAACAACAAGCCUCUGUUCCUCCAUCACGUCAUAAUGCACGGGAUCCCCAACUUUGAGUCCAAAGGGGGUUGCCGCCCUUUUCUCAAGAUCUACCAGGCGAUGCAGCCCGUCUACACAUCUGGGAUCUAUAAUGUCCAGGGAGACAGUCAGACCAGCAUAUGCAUCACUAUUGAGCCUGGCCUGCUUCUUAAAGGAGACAUACUGCUCAAGUGUUACCACAAACGGUUCCGCAGUCCGUCCCGUGACGUCAUCUUCCGUGUGCAGUUUCACACAUGUGCUGUUCAUGACCUAGGAAUCGUCUUCGGCAAAGAUGAGCUGGAUGAGACUUUUAAAGAUGACAGAUUUCCUGAAUACGGAAAGGUGGAGUUUGUCUUUUCAUUUGGUCCAGAAAAAAUCCAGGGAAUGGACCACCUUGAAAAUGGGCCUAGUGUUUCAGUGGACUACAAUACGCAAGACCCUCUGAUCCGAUGGGAUUCUUAUGAGAACUUUAACCAGCGCUGUGAAGAUUCAUUGGAGGACGUCAUUCACACACAAGGUCCCUUGGAUGGUAGCCUCUACGCUAAAGUUCGGAAGAAAGACUCUUUGGAGGGAGGAGUCACAACCAAUGGUCUUCCAGCCACUGCCGAUCACUCUUUACCUGCUGUAGACCACACCCUACCCCCGGUGGACCACGCCUUGUCUGUCAGCAGUGACUCAGGCAACUCCACAGCAUCCAUCAAAACUGACCGCACCGAUGAAGCCAGUCAGCAGCCGGCCUUGGUGAGUCAGCCGUCCUCCCAGCCCCUCAGCCCAGAGGAAAAACAGGAGCUGGAUCAGUUGCUCAGUGGUUUGGAAGCACCAAUGCAUCGGACAGGUUACCAGAGCACCUCUGGGAGCGGAGGGGGUGGAGUCCUGCACCUUGUCCCCGCCCAGGUUCACGUGAAUGGACAUAACAACGUAGACAGAGAAACGGAUAUUCUCGACGAUGACCUGCCUAACAGUCAAGAAGGGAACAGCGUGGACAGUCUUGGAACCCUGUCUUCAUUCGAGGGCAGAGCUACUCCAGCUGACCUGUAUUACCAAUCGGAAACGGUCAUUAAUGGGCAAGAUAUGCCCUACUUGGAGAAGAGUGUCCAUGUGAAAGUGCAACAGCCUAAAGUUCCUGUCCAUGGCUCAUUAUCUGCCCAGGAUAACUUGGGAGCUCCUAGUGGCUAUGCCAGCCAGAACGGCAACAUCUAUCGAUCGCAGUCAUUUGGGGCAACCCUCGGCACAGAUCAGAAAUAUAUGCCUAAAGCUCCCGCUCGCACAACAAGCAGUAGGGAUGCAGUGCAAAGAGGACUGAAUGUGUGGCAGCAGUAUGGAGUUCCAGAGGUGCCAGUUACAGAUGGGGUCACCUUCAAUCCUGUACUGCAAUCGCACAGCCUGCCCGAGUUUCCCCACAUGGCGUCACAGCAAGACAUUGAGCAGUCCAUUGAGGCACUCAACAUGCUUAUGUUGGAUCUUGACCCGGCACUUACCCAAGUGCCCAAGUCCCACAGUGCCCCAUCCGGGGAGGGGGGUGUAGUCACCACUCAGCCGUCUUUCGCUCAGAGCCAGACACGGCCUUCCUUCCAGGCUGAUGCGGCCAUUCACGAGCGUGGAAUAGCUUCUUCGGUGGGAUACCCUCUGGUCCAUCAACACUUCUCAUCUGCGUCCCCAGAGCCACAGCAGCCGGUCAUCAACCAACAAAGACCCACAACCUUAUCCCAGCAUGCUUCCUUUCCCUCUGAGGCCGAGGCUUCUCACAUGUCCCAGUCAACAGUGCCUUCAUCCACCUUUGGAGUUCUCCAGCUGAAACCCCUAAACAUCUACCCCUCCAGUACCACCUCACAGUCCCCUGAGCCCCUGGAGAGCCAGCGUAGCUACUCUGCCUCCUCAUCUCCUCUGCCCAGAGAUACCGAACAAGAAGAUGGCAACUACAGAUUAGAGGGUCUGGUAGCUCACCGUGUAGCUGAGUACACCGCUCGUAUCCGAGGCAUCAGUGACCGUCCGGGUGUUCCUGUGCUCGGCCACCGGCGGCGUUCUAUCUCCUUCAGUGGAGUAGUCCAGUCUGGUGAAAUGUCACCCAGUGACGCUUCGGCUCCCGGACGGCGUCGGACCGCCAGCGAGAGUCUGUCCCAAGAAGAGAGUCCGACCAGAGGAAGUUCAGUCCGCUCCCCCAUCCGCUGCAUCUCACCUGAGCUGGCCAAUACAAUCGCUCUGAAUCCAGGGGGGCGGCCUAAGGAGAAGCACAUGCACAGCUACAGAGAAGCGUUUGAGGAAAUGGAUGGGGGGCCCGUCAGCCCCCCUCCGAGCUUCGGUGGUGAGGCUCUACCCCAAACCCCUGCCUUCCCUGUCUCGCCACAAACCCCUUACUUCAACCUGUGUCGAUCCCCUCCAGGAUUGGCAAAAACACCACUGUCCUUUUUGGGCCUAAAGCCUCACAAUCCUGCUGAGAUACAGUUGAACCAGGCGGGCUCAGAGAGCGAAGAUGAGGAAGAGCCUCGUAGCUAUGUGGAGUCUGUGGCCAAAGCCGCAGCAGGGGCAGGCGGUCCACCAGCUUCACCCGUGUCCGUGACAUAUGACAGCGAUAGCUUAGCUCGCCCCACCGCUGCGUCCCACGCCCUGAACUCACCACUUUCCUCCAGCAGUCCUAUUCAGAGUCCUGAUGCAGUUGAAAGCACAUUGGUCGAUAGUGGGGUGGGGAUGAAUUCUCUAUCUCAGCCUGCCAUUGAUACCUAUCACUCCCAGCAUCCCGAAAACAUGUACCGAAUGCCCACACCCUCCUACCCCACAUCUCACAGCAUGCUGGGUAGCUAUAUCACCCCUGAUUUCAGCCCCUCCCUACCAGAGACUGUACAAAACAUGGCCACGACAACCCAGCCAAUCACCGGGAGCACUGCAACAAGACACUACGAUCUCAUGCCCGACGUGACAUCCGGCCCUGGCUUUCAGCACCGAAUAACCAAUCAGGACAGCCCGGUUCUGGGCCGACAGCCAACCCCAGCUAACGGUCACCUGGCGGGAAUUCCGGGUAGCCCCAUGCAAGUGAGACACACAAUGGUGUCCCAGGGAACACAGAGCAGUCCGAUGAUGUCUAGACAAUACCCCGCCAACCAAGGGACUCCGGGUAGUCCGAUCCUCAGCAGACAGCCGUCGGGUCAACAAGCUGUUCAGAGCAGCCCGGUUCUCAGCAGACAGCCGGCCAUGAUGAUGCCCAGUCAAAGCAGCCCUGUGUUGGGCAGACAGCCGUCCAUUACGCAGGGCAGUCAAGGCAGCCCUGUCCUGACCAGACAGUCCUCACUAACACAUCAAGGCAGCCCUGUUUUAGGACAUCACCCGUCGAUAACGCAGGUGACCCAGGGCAGCCCCAUUCUGGACAGGCACCCAAUGUACAGCGGCUACAAUACUCCGGACGAGAGACACGGAGCUCUGUCACGCCAAAGCAGCUCCUCUGGAUACCAGCCGCCAUCCACGCCUUCCUUCCCCGUCUCUCCGGCCGGAUACAUGGAGGGAGUGGGAUUCAGACAAGGCAGCCCCGGCCCGCAACCUCAGCUUCCCGAGAAGAGACGCAUGUCAAGCGGCGAACGCCCCAACGGAGGUUUGUCUUACGGGACGCUUAAUGGGAAAAUGUCUUCGCCGAUGUCCAGCGGCGGCAGCACCCCAAGCGUCCAUUUCUUUAACACACUUCCUGAUUUCUCCAAACUCAACAUGUGUGAUGGAAGUCCAGAGACCAGGAUGAAUGUAAAGUUUGUCCAGGACACAUCGAAAUUCUGGUAUAAACCAGACAUCUCCAGAGACCAAGCGAUCAACAUGUUGAAGGAUGAAGACCCUGGAGCUUUUGUUAUCCGAGACAGUCAUUCAUUCAGAGGUGCCUACGGCUUGGCCAUGAAAGUGGCUGCACCACCUCCAACUGUGCAGCCCACAAAGAAAGCUGGAGACGUCACCAAUGAGCUGGUGAGACAUUUUCUAAUUGAGACGAGUCCAAAAGGUGUGAGACUGAAGGGCUGCCCCAAUGAACCGUACUUCGGCUGUUUGUCUGCGCUGGUUUACCAGCACUCCAUCACUCCACUGGCUUUACCAUGCAAACUCGCCAUACCAACCAGAGAUCCUCUGGAGGAGUCACCUGAGACAGCGACACCAACUAACCCUGCCGCUGAGAUGCUCAAACAGGGCGCAGGGCAGAAGAGCUCUACUGAAGCCCAUGCAUGCAAUGUUUUGUAUAUAAACUCUGUGGAUAUGGAGUCUCUGACUGGGCCUCAGGCCAUUGCUAAGGCAAUUUCAGAAACAAUGGCAACCAGCCCGGCACCCACAGCCACCAUUGUUCAUUUCAAAGUGUCGGCACAAGGCAUCACGCUUACUGACAACCAGAGAAAGCUUUUCUUCAGACGUCACUACCCCAUAAACACAGUCACCUUCUGUGAUAUUGAUCCCCAGGAGAGAAAGUGGAGCAAACCAGACGGUGGGAAUGCAAAGUUCUUUGGCUUUGUGGCCAGAAAACAAGGUAGCACAACAGACAACGUGAGCCACCUGUUCGCCGAAAUGGAUCCUGAUCAGCCGGCCACAGCCAUCGUAAACUUCGUCUCGAAAGUGAUGAUCAGCUCUCAGAAGCGGUGAACGCUUCCCGUGCCACGCCGCUCUCUUAAAGACUUUCUGUUUGUUUCGUUUGAGUUUUAUCAAGUUUCUGUUUUUCGUUCGUUCGGGUGAAAGUUGCGCGUACGUGUGUGACGGAGGGCAAUCCGUGUGGAAAUGAGGAAGCGGGAUAGUGGAAGUGCAGCGUGGGUGUUGAGGAAUGACGUGAAGAGGGGAGGUGGUCUUCAUCUCACUUUGAGCGGAAUUGGAAAUGUCGUCAGUGAUUUUGUCGCUCUAUUUUUAAGAAAAAAGGAAAAGAAAAAGUAAAAAUGAGGGUUGAAGAGGAUUAGACUUUGGGGCUGAUGUACCAAAGAUGAGAGCGCAGUCAGGACAAACCAGUCAUUAUUCACUAUAUAUAUCUUGGUAAGCCACGACUGAUUUGUCAAAACUGUACAUAAGAACUGAUACUUCCUUCUUAAAGCCGCUCUUGUUUCUCACGCUAGAAAUGCAAGACCACGCCAUAUCCAAACUAAAAACUUUUUCCGGUACUGUCUGGAAAAACUCAAAAAGACUCUUCUUGGGUAUUUGAAAUGUCCUGCAUGUGACAGACCUAUCAAAAACUGAAGACAGGUAUGAGAGAGCAGUAGUUGUCUGGUCAUUCCCACCCACAAACCCUUAAGAAAACCUUGUGGGUUGUUGGAGGCAUCCUUUCAUUUUUGUUAACCUCCUUGUUCUGGUCCGCACACAUCCAGCGGCUGAGACAUGUGGUUUCACACCAUGCAACUAAAGUAUCUUAUGGUGCAUUCAUUCACCUCAGAAAGUCACAAUUUCCAGUCUCUGACUUAGAAAUGUGCUCGGGAAUGCCACAUAAACUUGGAAUUUUUGUAGCACUUGUAAUGAUGUUCCAUUGCCCGACACUAAGGCCCUGUUAACACGAGAACGCUCGAAGGUGAAAAACGUAAAAAUAUUUUAUCGGAUGUGCCUUUCGUUUACACAGCGAGCGUGUUUUAGGGGCUUAAAAACGCAAAAAGGUGAAACCACUCUCUAAAGUGGAAAUCUUAAAAAAGCUCUACCGUCGCGUUCCCGUUUAAAAUCUCCCCGGGGUGGCUUUCGUUGCUUGCGCGUUUAUGUCACAGGCAUGCGCAAGUUCAGGAAAAUAACAACAAACAUGUCGGAUUAUUUCCAUACGUCGGACCUUCAAGUUGCCAUAGCAGCUUUGAUAAAUAUACAAGAGUCUUUCCAGCAGUUGUAUGAAAUAUUCACAGCUA